GAGUGAGUUGGGUUUUACUUCGAGUCCACAUGAUACAGCUCUGUUCAUUCGUAAGACUGCUUGAGAUAUGAUUCUUUUACUUCUUUAUGUUGAUGACAUGAUUAUUACUGGAGAUGAUAUCGCAGGUGUUGAGGAGUUAAAACAAUCUUUCAGUCAUAAAUUUGAGAUGAAAGAUCUUGGUGUUUUAAGCUAUUUUCUAGAGCUUGAAGCCACUUCUUCAUAUGAUGGCUACCUGCUUUCUCAAGUAAAGUAUGCCUCUACUCUUGUUUCCAAAGCUAAACUCAGUGAUAGCAGGAGUGUUUUCACACCUCUUGAGCCUAAUGUCAAGCUUACACCGAUGGAUGGCUCUCCACUCUCUGAUCCUACUCGCUAUUGGCAAUUAAUUGGUAGUCUGGUUUAUCUUACCACAACAUGCCCUAACAAAGCAUAUGCAGUUCACAUUGUUAGUCAAUUUAUGGCUACUUCUUGCUCCACUCAUUAUGCAUCAGUACUUCGCAUUAUUCGCUAUGUUAAUGGAACAUUGUUUCAUGGACUUCACUUUUCUGCUCACUCAUCUCUUGAACUUCGUGCUCACUCAGACGCUGAUUGGGCUAGAGACUUUAAUGAUCAUAAAUCCAUCGUUGGAUAUUGUCUUUUCUUGGUGAUUCCUUAAUCUCUUGGCGUAGUAAGAAACAGACAGUUCCAUC